AAGCCAUUCAACAUAGCCUAGAUUGACGUUCUUAUUACUUCUAAACAAAAUACACUUUUUGGGGUUCUUAUAGGCUUACAAGGAUGUUUUGAUUUUUUCUUGAACAGUCGCUAAGAUUAUAUUUGGUUGUGAUCUUUGCAAAAUAACUAUUUUGGAUGUAGCAGUUGUUAGCUAGAAUGCUAACGCUCAUUGAUUAUAGCCAGUCGCAAAAGCUAGCCAAAAAUACAUUUGACUAGUUUAAGUGUUUAAGUAUAAUGCAGUUGAUUUGUGAUGACACAAACAUAUUAAGCAGGACAUUCAUACGAGCCUUAAAAUCCAAGUGUAAUCCAAUAGUAGUGUGAAAUGCACUCAUAAGCAACAUGUAAAUAGAGGCUUUUUUUGCUGGCAUUCUAUAAGAACUCCCCCUUGUUCUUCCACCAACUUGCGGGAAUGUUUGCAAACAGAAAGGGGUCUAUACCGCUUCUGAAACAUUUGAUUUCAGAAGCGGUCAGACAGCUACAGGUAACUGCCAGAAUAAAGGAAACGGGUUUCAGCCAGGGAUCUCCAACCUUGUUCCUGGAGAGCAACCCUCCUACAUGUUUCGCGCCAACCCCAGUUGUAACUAACCAGAUUCAGCCCAUCAAUCAGCUAAUUAUUAGAAUCAGCUCAUCAACCAGCUAAUUAUUAGAAUCAGGUGCGCUACAUGAAGGUUGUAGCAAAAACCUACAGGAUGGAACAGUGUUGUAGAGUCCUGGUUGAAACCUACAGGAUGGAACAGUGUUGUAGAGUCCUGGUUGAAACCUACAGGAUGGAACAGUGUGGAGAAGCCUGCUUUAAACCUACAGGACGGUAGCUCCCCAGGAACAGUGUUGUAGAGUCCUGGUUGAAACCUACAGGAUGGAACAGUGUGGAGAAGCCUGCUUUAAACCUACAGGACGGUAGCUCCCCAGGAACAGUGUUGGAGAGGCCUGGUUUAAACCUACAGGAUGGAACAGUGUUGGAGAGGCCUGCUUUAAACCUACAGGAUGGAACAGUGUGGAGAAGCCUGCUUUAAACCUACAGGAUGGUAGCUCCCCAGGAACAGUGUUGGAGAGGCCUGGUUUAAACCUACAGGAUGGAACCGUGUUGGAGAGGCCUGCUUUAAACCUACAGGAUGGAACAGUGUGGAGAAGCCUGCUUUAAACCUACAGGAUGGUAGCUCCCCAGGAACAGUGUUGGAGAGGCCUGGUUUAAACCUACAGGACGGAACAGUGUUGGAGAGGCCUGCUUUAAACCUACAGGAUGGAACAGUGUUGGAGAGGCCUGCUUUAAACCUACAGGAUGGUAGCUCCCCAGGAACAGUGUUGGAGAGGCCUGCUUUAAACCUACAGGAUGGAACAGUGUUGGAGAGGCCUGGUUUAAACCUACAGGAUGGAACAGUGUUGGAGAGGCCUGGUUUAAACCUACAGGACGGAACAGUGUUGGAGAGGCCUGCUUUAAACCUACAGGACGGAACAGUGUUGGAGAGGCCUGCUUUAAACCUACAGGACGGAACAGUGUUGGAGAGGCCUGGUUUAAACCUACAGGACGGAACAGUGUUGGAGAGGCCUGGUUUAAACCUACAGGAUGGAACAGUGUUGGAGAGCCCUGUUUAUAACCUACAGGACGGUAGCUCCCCAGGAACAGGGUUGGAGAGCCCUGGUUUAAACCUACAGGACGGUAGCUUCACAGGAACAGUGUUGGAGAGCCCUGGUUUAAACAUACAGGACGGUGUUGGAGAGCCCUGUUUAUAACCUACAGGACGGUAGCUCCCCAGGAACAGGGUUGGAGAGCCCUGGUUUAAACCUACAGGAUGGAACAGUGUUGGAGAGCCUUGGUUUAAACCUACAGGACGGCAGCUUCACAGGAACAGUGUUGGAGAGCCUUGGUUUAAACCUACAGGAGGGCAGCUUCACAGGAACAGUGUUGGAGAGCCCUGUUUAUAACCUACAGUACGGUAGCUCCCCAGGAACAGUGUUGGAGAGCCCUGGUUUAGGGUGAUCACUCAAAUUGGCUGUAAUGAGGGACGAGUGUUUGCAGGACUCUGAAGACCCGUCCAGCCCGUCUCCAUCCUGCUCCACUGAUCCCAAACCCACUGUGUCCCCGGGUCCUGACAGUGACCAGGAGGACAGUAACCAUGGUGAUCAGAAAGACACAGCGCAGGGUCAGGAGAGGGUUACUGUGAGUCUGGACAUCAACAGUGAAACACCAACAUUUAAUAUCGUAGUCAAAGAAGAAGAAGACUGGGAACUAGAUAAUACAGGAGAGAGUCCCAGCCAUCACUCUGCAGCCAGGGAGAGACCCUCUACAUCAGGAGAACCUGAGCAACACCAGAUGAAAUGCAGAACGAGGCAGAAAAAGACCCACUCAUGCCCAGAUUGUGGGAAACACUGCCAGACAUUAUCGGCACUACAAAUACACAUGAGAACCCACACAGGAGAGAAGCCUUAUACCUGCUCUGAGUGUGGGAAGGGCUUCACUCAUCAAUGUAGUUUGAGAUACCACCACCAGAAGAAACAUUCUGAACAGAUUAAAACAGACCCGGAUGACAAGAUUGGCUGCUGUUGUGGACAAGAGUUCUCUUCAAAGAAUGUUCUGGAGGUUCACUUGAAGACAAACGCUGGCGACAAGCCUUACGCCUGCUGUGUGUGUAAGAAGACUUUUACUCAUAAAGCAUUACUGAAAGUACACCAGCGAUCCCACACAGGAGAGAAGCCUUUCUCUUGCUCUCUGUGUGAGAAGAGUUUUACUCAAAAAGGAAAUUUGACAACACACGAGAAGUCGCACGCCGGAGAGAAACAUCCUUGCUCAGUCUGUGGAAAGAGUUUUACUCAAAAAGGUUAUCUGAAGAUUCAUCAGCGGCUUCACUGUUCUGAAGGGGACUUGAGUUCCUCUGUAUCAAGAGAACUUGAACACCGACAGAGGAGAGCUAAGGAGACUCACAGAUGCCCAGACUGUGGGAAGGAGUUCCCUCAAACAUAUUACCUGGACAGACACAUGAGAACACACACAGGAGAGAGGCCUUACCAGUGCUCUGUGUGUGGGAUGAGUUUCACGCAGAAAGGAAAUUUAAAAACGCAUCAGAAAGUGCACACAGGAGACUAUCCCAGCUCCUGGUCCACUGGUGAGGGGAGUCCCUGUACAUCGGGAGAAGCUGAACAACACCAGGAGAACCACACGGCCGUCGCAUCUCACGGCUGCCUAGUGUGUGGCGAGGAAUACUCAAACCUCCCAGAACUACACAAACACAUGAGAUCUCACUCGGGAGAAAAGUGUUUCAUCUGCCCUGUGUGUGGCAAGACUUACUCCAGAGAAUUUGACCUCAAAGUCCACCUCAGAACACAUACAGGAGAGAAACCCCACGAGUGCAUCGAAUGUGGCAAGAGCUUUGUCCGUAAACAAGGGCUCCGGCAGCACCAGCGGACACAUGAUGCCAAGCCCAUCGGACCGACCCGCCAGUUAGGCAGGCCAAAGCAGUUAACCUCCAUGGACAGGCCAAAGUAUUUAUCCAGGGCUCAGAUGUCCAAGAAAGUGCCUAAAAUGGAGAGUGAUACAGAGAUACAGGACUGCCAGUACUAUAACAAUUAACCGCGACUUUCUCUUAGUAGGUAGAGUUCUUCUCGCUGAAGCUGUGUCUGUGUUGUCGCCAUCUCUGAUCAGUAAGAUAAUCAUGCUAACUCUCACUCAUCUCAUCAAUCAACAUAUUAUGAUCAACAAAAAAAGGGGGGGGAAGUGUCCCUUUUUUGGGGGGGUCAAUUUUUCAUCAAUGCUGUGAUGGUGCUAAGAAAUCAACAGUGACUUGUAGCCCACUUGUGAAAUGUUCCUCACUGAUAAUAACCAUGUCAUGAUUAAUAAAGAAGCAUUCUGGUUAGGACACCUGUUGUCUUUCCCUCCAG